CCUCCGCCGCCGCGUCUUCCCGCGAAGCCUCUGUGGGUCUCUCAGGCUCCUCGGAGCGGCCCCGCGGCACCGCGGGUGCUGGCGGCCGCCGCCAUCUUCCUCUCCUCCGGCUCCUCCUCGCUCGGCGGCGGGGUGGGGGACACUGUCCAGGUAACUGUGGAUACCACCAUGGAAGAGACAUGGUCCCUGUCUUGGAGGAACCCACAUUCUGGUAGAGAUACCACGGAAUAGAGACGUGAUUUGGAUGCAAUGUUAUGGGUUCAACAAUUAAGCCAUACAGGUGUGCUUGCUGAAGACUCCCAAAUACUCUUGCUCCUCAGGCUGUUUGCACUUGCUGUCCUGCCAGACAUAUCGAGACACAAAAAGGAGAGGCGACCCCUGGACCAGCGCGAGGGACCCACCCACACCAUGACCGAGACCACCAAGACCCACGUUAUCUUGCUCGCCUGCGGCAGCUUCAAUCCCAUCACCAAAGGGCACAUUCAGAUGUUCGAAAGAGCCAGGGAUUAUCUGCACAAAACUGGAAGGUUUAUUGUCAUUGGCGGAAUCGUCUCGCCCGUCCAUGACUCCUAUGGAAAACAGGGCCUUGUGUCGAGCCGGCACCGUCUCAUCAUGUGUCAGCUGGCCGUCCAGAAUUCCGACUGGAUCAGAGUGGACCCGUGGGAGUGCUAUCAGGACACCUGGCAGACGACCUGCAGCGUCCUUGAACACCAUCGGGACCUUAUGAAGCGGGUGACCGGCUGCAUCCUCUCCAAUGUCAACACACCCUCCAUGACGCCUGUGAUUGGACAGCCCCAAAAUGAGACCCCCAGGCCCAUUUACCAGAACAGCAACGUGUCCAACAAGCCCACUGCAGCCAAGAUCCUGGGAAAGGUGGGAGAAAGCCUAAGCCGGAUCUGCUGUGUCCGCCCGCCAGUGGAGCGCUUCACCUUUGUGGAUGAGAACGCCAAUCUGGGCACGGUAAUGCGGUACGAGGAGAUUGAGUUGCGGAUCUUGCUGCUGUGUGGCAGUGACCUUCUGGAGUCCUUCUGCAUCCCAGGGCUCUGGAACGAGGCAGAUAUGGAGGUGAUUGUCGGGGACUUUGGGAUCGUGGUGGUCCCCCGGGACGCAGCCGACACAGACCGAAUCAUGAAUCACUCCUCAAUACUCCGCAAAUACAAAAACAACAUCAUGGUGGUGAAGGAUGACAUCAACCAUCCCAUGUCUGUCGUCAGCUCAACCAAGAGCAGGCUGGCCCUGCAGCAUGGAGACGGCCACGUCGUGGAUUACCUGUCCCAGCCGGUCAUCGACUACAUUCUCAAGAGCCAGCUGUACAUCAACGCCUCGGGCUAGCAGCCCCAGGGCCCUCUGCUCCACUCUCCCCUCGUCCUCCGCCAAUACACUGGCCCCUGCAGCCUCUGUCCAUCCUGUGUCUCUCCUGCCUCUCUGUUUCUCCAUCACCUCAUCUUGACUGUUGUCCUCACUUGCUGACUCAACCCCCCACAGUGUGGGGGACCUGCAGAGAACCACGGCAUACCCCACUCGGCAGUCAUCUUUGGACAAACUUUCCUCUGGUCUCCAGGUGGGGGGUGGGGGGGUGAGGGGGUAGGGGUGGGGGAAGUGCGGUCCUCGGAGAUGUGCGGGUGUCCGUCUCCCAGCAUGCUCUGGGGAGGCGGCUCUGGCCCUCGCCUUCCCAGCAUGCCCUUUACCACAAAGGGCUAUUUUUCUUUCUUUUGUUUUUGUUUUGUUUUGUGUUGUGUUGUUGUUCACUCCUCAUAGAACUUGGAUCCAAUCGGUGUCCGUGGUUCUUCAUGUUUGUAGUCUUGUUGCAUCCUGUGGUAUCCCUUCCCUUUUGACAGGAUACCGCAGCCAGCCUCAGCUCUCAGAAAAUGCAUGAGGGCUACACCUGGUGAACAAGGCGGACCCACCUCCACUCUCCCGACACCCCCACCCACCUACCCACUUUCUUCCCCUCCCUCCCCGCCAAACACACACAGCAGUCUGAGGUCAAGAUUGGAACUUCCAUGUUCUGAAACCUGGGAUGCAAGUCCGGGAAUAGUAGGGUUUCUCAGAAGGAUUUGAGUCCAUCUCCUUGGUUUUAGAAGAACACGUCCCCGAUGCUCUGGGCCUAUGUUCACACAGAGCCAGUCCUUUCUCCUUUCUUGGUGGCCUCUGUACCAUUACUUAUUUGGGCUGUGACUGAUGCCACAGUGUGGGUUGUUCCCUGCCAGCCUGGGCAUUACCAGGGGACCUUUAGAUCACCAUCAAAGCCCUUGGGGGCCGUACUUAGCCACAUUCCUGCCUCUGAGAAGAAUCACGUAUGCAAGGCCAAAUCCUAAUAAUGCAGUCAUUUCUGAAAUAAAACAUGCUAGGAAUUCACUCAA